CCAUCUUGGAAGUUGUCUGCUCGAACCGGAAAGCGAAUCUGUCAACAUUGUUUUCAGAUCUAAAAAUUGUAAAAUAGUUUUUUGACAAAAAUGGUGACUCAAAACUCCUUUGCGAUAUUAUUUUCCAGGUCGACGUGCCUUUUGGCGGCUAUGGUUUGCCUACUGAGCGUUGGAACACGGGCAGAAUCACAGGUUCUAACAACCAGUACCUUUAACAAUGUUGUUUCAACCCAUGAGUUGGUGUUUGUGAACUUCUACGCCGACUGGUGCAGGUUUAGUCAGAUCCUGGCUCCGGUGUUUGAUGAGGCAGCCAAGAAGGUCAAGGAACUCUUUCCAGACCAGGGAAAGGUAGCCUUUGGGAAGGUGGAUUGUGACAGGGAAACGUCCAUCUCUACCCAGUACCACAUCUCCAAGUACCCCACACUGAAGCUUUUCCGUAAUGGUCAGGCUGUGAAGAAAGAGUACAGGGGUCAAAGGUCGGUGGAGGCCCUCACGGAGUUUGUACGCAAGCAGCUGGAGGACACAGUGCAGCAGCAUGGCAAGCUGGAGGAGCUCGAUGAACUGCAGGACAAGAAGCGGAACAUGAUCGGCUAUUUCUCAGACAAGGAGACAGACAGUUACAAGACAUACCGCCGUGUAGCAAUGCAACUUCGGGAUGACUGUGUGUUCCAUGCAGCUGUUGGUCCUAUAUCAGAUGGUGAGAGGGCCGGGGCUGAAUCAAAAAUUGUGUUCCGUCCACCAAAUACCCGUCAUGAGGACGUAGGCUACACUGGGGAGACCCACAACUUUGAUUUCAUGGCGCAGUGGAUGCACGACAGAUGUGUGCCGUUAGUACGUGAAAUCACUUUUGAAAAUGCUGAGGAAUUAACAGAGGAGGGUUUGCCAUUCUUGAUUCUGUUUCACAAGCUUGAAGAUACAGAAAUUGUAGAGAGAUUCAACAAUGCAGUGCAGAGAGAGUUGUUGGGAGAUAAAAAUGCUGUCAAUUUCCUGAUAGCAGAUGGGUCAAAAUUCACCCACCCGUUACACCACCUGGGCAAGUCGUCCAACGACCUGCCUGUACUUGCCAUUGACAGCUUCAGGCACAUGUACCUCUUCCCUCAUGAUGUGAAAAAGGACUUGGACACUCCAGGCCUAUUGAAGAAGUUCAUUGAUGACCUGCACAGUGGCAAGCUGCACCGAGAGUUCCACCAUGGACCGGACCCUGCGCAGCCUGCGCAGAUAGACAACCAAGAGCCGGCUGCCUCCCCCACAGAUUAUCCUGUGCCAACACCAACCCAGGCCCCUUCAGAGGGAAAGGAAUCAGCCAGUGUUGCCGCUAGCGACGGUAACCAGGGACAACAAGACAAUACCCAAGGUCAACCAGCCGGUAACCAAGGCCAACCAGAUGGUAACCAGGGGCAACCAGAGGGUCAAGGUCAUCUGCCGCAUGAUAAGGACCAGCCAACGGUGAAGGCGGAAGUGCUCACCUCACCACCUGAGUCGGUGUUCAAAAACUUGAAGCCCUCUGGUCAGAGAUACACUAUGUUGAAAUUUGAUGAUGAACUGUAGUGGAGGGCUGAAGGUCAAAGGUCAGGGGCUUGUGUGCCUUAUUAGCACUGGAGGCCAUAUCCCACAUGACAGCGACAAACCAGACACGCUCACAAGCCCCCCUGAGUCCGCCUUCAGGAAGCUCGCCCCCUCGGAGAACAGAUAUACCGUCUUACGAGAGAGAGAUGAGUUGUAGAACCUGUGAUCUUUAUA